AUGCAAGAGUUGAAGCAUCCUUUCGAGUUGCUCAUAUCCUUGGAUCUGCUGGAACCUUUUUCAGACGGCGAACUUGUGAAAAGAUGUAUCAUGGAAUCAGUUAAAUGCAUUCAGCGCCGACAGUUUCAUAUUGCCGAGCAUCUUAAUCUAUCACUCCUACAAAAAUUAAAUUCUCAAACUACGUUAUUUUCACUUACCAUUGAUGAGUCGAAUGAUAUAUGUGAUUCUGCUCAGCUGAUCAUAUUUAUUCGUACUCUAUCCUUCGAUUUUGAAAUACAUAAGGAUUUUCUAUCCAUGAAGUCACUACCUGGAAAUGUACGGAGUCAAGAUAUAUUUGAAAUAGUUGAACAAUGUUGUUUGGAAUUCAAAUUGGACAUGACAUGUCUAAGAGGAAUAUGCACAGAUGGCGCACCAGCAAUGUUGGGUAGAAAACAAGGAUUUGUUGCACGCCUAACUGAAUAUGUCUCAGAAGAGUAUAACAAUAAAUCAGUUUUUUUAAGAAAAAGAGUUCUUCAAAAUAGCUAA